CCGGCUCCCCCCUCCUCCCCCUCAUCCAUUGUUGGGCAAUAAUCUGCGACAUCGAAACAAUCUUGACCGAAACUUUCCAGGCAACUAGCAGCUGAAGACCCCUCUCUCAGCCAGCUCUCGUAUCUACUUGUUCUUUCCUCAGAGGAGGAGCGCAGCGUGCGGUCAGGAGCAGGAGGAAAAGUUUUGAAGCGAGGAACUCCGUCAUUCCCAUUCCUCCAUUUUGAACUUUUUAAACUUAGUUUCUCCCGUGGAUUGUUCUCAAUUCCAGACACCAUGACAAACAUCAACACAGCUAACAUCAACUUUAAAUGGGACCCAAAGAGUCUGGAGAUCCGUACUCUGGCAGUGGAGAGGCUGCUGGAGCCCCUGGUCACGCAGGUCACCACUUUGGUAAACUCCAGCAACAAAGGUCCAUCCAACAAGAAGAAAGGACGCUCCAAGAAGGCCCAUGUUCUGGCGGCGUCUGUGGAGAAUGCCACCGAGAACUUCCUGGAUAAAGGAGAAAAGAUUGCAAAGGAAAGUCAGUUCCUUAAGGAUGAGCUUACUGCUGCCGUGGAAGACGUCCGCAAGCAAGGUGACUCGAUGCGGCAGGCUUCUGGAGAAUUUGCAGAAGACCCUUGCUCAUCUGUGAAGAGGGGCAAUAUGGUCCGUGCUGCCAGAGCCCUGCUGUCGGCUGUCACACAUCUGCUGGUGCUGGCAGACAUGUCUGAUGUCUACAAACUUCUACUGCAGCUUAAACUGGUGGAGGAAAAUCUUGUGAAAGUGCGUAAUGCAGGAACGGAGCAGGACCUUGGGAUCCAAUACAAGGCCUUGAAACCAGAUGUGGAUAAGCUGAACAUGAUGGCUGCCAAGAGACAGCAGGAGCUAAAGGACGUCCACCACAAGGACCAAAUGGCUGCUGCUCGCGGGGUGCUUCAGAGGAACAUCCCCAUGCUGUACACUGCGUCCCGUGCCUGCCUCCAGCACCCUGACGUGGCGGCCUACAAGGCCAACCGUGACCUGAUCUACAAGCAGCUGCAGCACGCCGUCUCCGGCAUCUCCAACGCCGCUCAGGCCACUGCCUCUGAGGACUCAGCACUCAAUCAGCCAGCAGGUGGUGGAGAGCUUGCCUACGCCCUCAACAAUUUUGAUAAACAAAUCAUCGUGGACCCCCUGGCGUUUAGCGAGGAGCGCUUCCGUCCCUCCCUGGAGGAGCGCCUUGAGAGCAUUAUCAGUGGUGCUGCCCUCAUGGCCGACUCUUCUUGCACACGUGAUGACCGCAGGGAGCGCAUCGUGGCCGAAUGCAAUUCUGUGCGCCAGGCUCUUCAGGACCUUCUCUCUGAGUAUAUGGGCAAUGCUGGACGGAAGGACAGGAGUGAUGCUCUGAACACAGCCAUCGACAGGAUGACUAAGAAGACCAGAGACCUUCGCAGACAGCUGCGUAAAGCUGUAAUGGACCAUGUGUCUGACUCUUUCCUGGAGACCAAUGUCCCCCUCCUGGUCCUGAUUGAAGCUGCCAAGAAUGGCAACGAGAAGGAAGUCAAGGAAUAUGCACAGGUGUUCCGUGAGCACGCCAACAAGCUGAUCGAGGUGGCCAACCUGGCAUGCUCCAUCUCCAACAAUGAAGAGGGAGUGAAGCUGGUCCGCAUGGCAGCGUCUCAACUGGAAGCUCUUUGCCCCCAGGUGAUUAAUGCAGCGUUAGCCCUUGCUGCCAAGCCCAACAGUAAGGUGGCCCAGGACAAUAUGGAUCUGUUCAAGGAGCAGUGGGAGAAGCAGGUCCGCAUCCUCACCGACGCCGUUGAUGACAUAACAUCCAUUGAUGACUUCCUUUGCGUGUCUGAGAACCACAUCCUGGAGGACGUGAAUAAGUGUGUCAUCGCUCUGCAGGAGAAGGAUGUCGACGGUUUGGAUCGCACUGCUGGGGCAAUCAGAGGCCGCGCUGCCAGAGUCGUCCAUGUGGUCACUUCUGAAAUGGACAAUUAUGAACCUGGAAUCUACACAGAGAAGGUCUUGGAGGCCACCAAGCUCCUCACUGACACAGUCAUGCCACGGUUCACAGAGCAAGUCGAGUCCGUGGUGGAGGCCUUGAGUGCAAACCCCUCACUACCUGUGGAUGAGAAUGAGUUCAUUGAUGCAUCCCGUCUGGUAUAUGAUGGUAUCCGCGACAUUCGCAAGGCUGUCCUCAUGAUCAGAACUCCAGAGGAGUUGGACGACUCUGACUUUGAGACUGAAGACAUUGAUGUUCGCAGCAGGACCAGCACGCAGACAGAGGAUGACCAGCUUAUUGCCGGCCAGAGUGCACGGGCUAUCAUGGCCCAGUUGCCCCAGGAGCAGAAGGCGAAGAUUGCCGAACAGGUGGCUAGCUUCCAGGAAGAGAAGAGCAAGCUGGAUGCCGAGGUAUCCAAGUGGGAUGACAGCGGCAAUGACAUCAUUGUGUUGGCUAAGCAGAUGUGCAUGAUCAUGAUGGAGAUGACGGACUUCACCAGGGGGAAAGGACCUCUGAAGAAUACAUCUGAUGUCAUCAGCGCCGCCAAGAAAAUUGCAGAGGCUGGAUCACGAAUGGACAAGCUGGGCCGCACCAUCGCUGACAAUUGUCCCGACUCCACCUGUAAGCAGGACCUGCUGGCCUACCUGCAGCGUAUCGCCCUGUAUUGCCACCAGCUCAACAUCUGCAGCAAAGUCAAGGCCGAGGUGCAGAACCUGGGAGGAGAGCUGGUUGUCUCCGGGCUGGACAGCGCCAUGUCCCUUAUUCAGGCCGCAAAGAACCUGAUGAACACGGUGGUGUCCACUGUCAAGGCCUCCUACGUUGCAUCCACCAAGUACCAGAAGAACAAAAACAUGGAGGCCCUGAAUAUGCCAGCCAUCUCCUGGAGGAUGAAAGCGCCCGAGAAGAAGCCUUUGGUGAAGAGAGAGAAGCAGGACGACGGCCAAACCAACAAGGUCAAGAGGUCCUCUCAGAAGAAGCACAUCAACCCGGUGCAGGCUCUGAGCGAGUUCAAGGCCAUGGAUAGCAUCUAGACCACCCCGCUGUUGAGUCCCAGAGAUCACAAAAUAUUGACCAAUGAGUUUAUAUAUAGAUAAAGCUUGUCAUUCUAAUUAAAGGAAAAGGGUUUUAUCGUAUUUGUUCCACCUUUUGCAUAGACAACUUGUCUGUACGACCUAUUAUUAUAUUCCUACACUGCCUCAUGUCUAUUCCAUAUAUUCAGAUUUGCUCUAGUGUGUAGCAUUAACUGUCUCUUCUCUGGAAAAUGCAGUUAGAGGGAAAUCAACUGGACGAAUGCAUUUUUUUUUUUUAUUAUUAUUUUUUAUUAUAUAUUUCCCAUUUUUUUCCUUUCAUGUUUAUUGGAGGAAGGGGAGCAGAUUUGAUAGAUUAUAUAAGAACUAAUUCCAAGAGGCUUUUGAUUUAUUUUGUAUUCUAACCAGUUUUAUAGUAAUACUAUGGGGUCGCUGGUGUUUUCCACUACAAUGUUUGAUUAUGUCGAAAUAACCUUCUGUACUGCAAAUAUCAACUAUGCAAAAUCUGUCUGCCUUUUGUUGACUUGAGCAAUAACUGUAGUUCAUUUGGAUGUGCUGGGCUAACUGGUAAGAUUUUAAACAUGUUGUGGUGACUUAAGGAACCAAACUCAAUAUAUACAAGUGUGCCUGCCUUUUUCUAACUUUAUACAUACCUUUGUUACGCCACUAUUAACAGUUCAAAUCCGUUUUAACUGACCUAAACACUAUUUUCAGUGCUGAAUGACUAAUGAUUCGAACCGAUUUAGUUCUGGGCUGAUUCUUUAUAAUUUAAGCUCUGAAGUUUAAUUUUCAGCAUUUUUUUCAUGUUAAUGUAAUGCAGCAAACCAAGGUGACGGAGUGUUGCUGUGUUACUGUUGUGCUGCAUAAAACUGCGACGCACACAGAUCCAUUCGUUUCAGUCAAACUUUGUAAAUACGCCCGGACUCCUCUGAGUCUGGGAGGACCCAGUGGGCUCGACAACGAGCAGACCAGCUUCAUUACCUGUCAAUGAGACCAAACGCCUCCACAAUCUCAGAAUGUUUCCAAAUUGAGGGAUCAAUAUGUUGUUGUUUUUUUCUCUCCGCAACUUUAGAGGUAGGCGAGGAAAGGAGAUUUCUUUGACUGAAAACUCUGCUUAUUGUUUUUAUUUCUUGUCAUUAAGCUUGAAAACUAAUCGAAAUGUUACGUCGGGCACAAACUUUAUAGAGAAAUCAAACAAGUUGUCAGGAGUUGGAGCUUUAAAAUUAAACAGGAGACAGCUUUUUUUGUUUUUGUUUGUUUAACUUCAGGUAACAAGUGUGAGGUGUUUCCAGUCAUACCUAGUGUUCUGCUGCAUAGUGGUGCGUCGGUAUACAGCGAGGCUCUGAAACCCUGCUGCUUUGUUCUUGGGGCUGAACCUUUGUUUUUGCUCGUUUGGCUCCUGUGAACUAUCGCAGGAUGGGCGAGUAUGAUUAUCUGACAGGUGGAUUCUUUUUCUGUACUGUAGAGCCGAGCUUCUCAGCAGUUUGUCUUUUGCUGUAACCGAGUUUGGAUUUUAAUCCCGAGUGAUCUCAAAUUACUUUGCCGUGGAUUUGUUUGUUAUUGAGAGCUGACUUAUUGGUGCACACGUUUCUUAUAUUCAUGUGCCUGCUUUAUAUCUUAAUAAACAUUUAAAAUGAAA